AUGUCCAGCGAUGAUAUCGAGAAAUAUGCUAUCUUAGAUGCAAAAGGAUGGCGACCUCGGCCACCGCUAAGACGCAGACGUCGGGCUAUCGCAUUCCAAUUGCUCAUGAUAUUCAUUGGUCUCUGGAUAUGUUACGACUUUGUUGCUGGGCCUGUGAGCCUUUCAUCACCGGAUAAGGCCAGUGGCGGCGCGAUCCACGUUCAAACCUCGCCGCUGACAGAUGGACUGGACUUUGUCAAAGACAAGGGCGCGUCGAUAGACCCCAAACUGACGCGACUUGAGCCCACUGAGUCAGAGCUAAACCCCGAAGAUCCUGUAGUCGUCCCUGAUGACUUACCUGACAAACAGCCAACUGCGCAAGGGAUAGACUAUGUACCACCGCCUCGAAUUGACUUGAGCAUGGCCCUCGAUCGGAUGAUUGCCAUUCUGCCGGACGAAAUGCGCAUGCAAAGCCUCCUACGUCCUCUCAAAGCGACCGGCGGCGAACGACUCCGUGAUCUGGGUCUCCGAACACGCGAUUUCUGGGCUUUGUUCGAGGCGUGGGAAACCGUGCACCUGGUGCCAACCGAUGAUGGCCUGUACAUCCGCGACGACAUUAUCCAGUACCUGCGACGACAUCCUGAGGUGGCAGAGAGUAUGGUGAGAAACACAACGGACAUUAUCCGCUCCUAUGAGUCGUAUCGCUCGCUCAUUACCCGACUAUCAUCACUACUGUUUCCGUGGACUGCACCGCAUUUUCCGGACCAUAUUCAUCUUCAUACACAGAUCCAUAGUGGCGGUCGGGGGCUGGUCUUUUCGGCCGGAGACAACCAGGCACCUUUUCUGCUCGCUUCGAUUCCCGCCAUCCGCCAGUUGGGAUGCGACCUGCCAAUUGAGGUCAUGUAUCUGGGCGACCAGGACCUGAGCCAGGACAUGCGUGAGCAGUUGGAGGGGCUACCCGGUGUUACUACACGAGAUCUGAGGCAGAUGGUGGACGACAAUGGCUGGACAUUGGCUGGAUGGGCCGGGAAACCGUUUGCGAUUCUAUUUUCGAGUUUUAGGGAAGCGAUUUUUAUUGAUGCCGAUUCGCUUUUCCUGCAGAACCCGGAGAUCUUGUUUGAAGACGAGGCCUAUCAAAAGAAUGGGGCCUUGUUCUUCAAAGACCGCCUGAUGAUGCCCGAGUCUAAGAAACGAUGGCUGCAAGAGAUUCUGCCCAGACCAGUGUCCAACAAAGCCAUGGAGAGUCGCUUCUGGAGGGGUCAGAGUGGUCAUAUGCAAGAAUCAGGGGUGGUUGUGGUGGACAAAUGGCGACAUUUUAUUGCGCUGCUUCUGGUGACGCGGAUGAAUGGACCUGACCGCGACGGCGACAAGUCGAAGCACAAGACGGGCGUGUAUGAUAUGGUUUACGGCGACAAAGAGACCUUUUGGCUGGGAUGGGAGCUGAUCGGGGACCUGGAUUAUGCGUUCCAUGAUGGGGAUGCAGGCGUGAUGGGCACUCUGGAGAAGACUCCCCCGGUAAAAGGUCUACCGGCACAAGAAGAACUGAACAAAACCAAUACCACGGACCAGAAAAAGACAACUGCGCCAGAGAUGUACACCAUCUGUGCUCCCCAACUACUUCAUCUUGAUCGCAGUGGUCGACCGUUGUGGUUCAACGGCUGGCUCCUCCCAAAUAAGUUCGAGAAAGGCAAGGAUCGAGAGCCUAGUCGAUUUGAGGCCUUCUUAAGGGAACCCCGAGAGAUUCGCGACCCGGGCGCCUGGCAAUUGCGGGCGCAUAACAUCUGCUGCUUGACCUCGGAACAUAAGGGAGAAUUCAGUCCAGAUGAGAGACACGCUCUUGAUAUGAUCAUUGAGUCAGGACGGCGUGCAGGCGUGCUGGGUACCAAGGGUAUAGCACUUUAG